AUGUCAAUUCGUUCGCUUAUAAAUCUCGAGUACUUGCAGCUUCUUUUUGGGGUAUUCUGGUCAUGUCUUUAUUCGGUGGUCGUACUUCUGACUUCCGAGCGAACUCUUUCCAGUUCUGUUGUAACAUCUGGAAGUAUAUUCGCUAAUCUGGUAUCCUUGUCUCUUGCUGGUAUUCUGGUUGACUCUGGUUUCCUUGGUGGUUGGCCUUCAGUGUUUUACCUCUUUGGUGCAUUCAAUUUGAUUAUAGCCAUCAUUUACUAUGUAAUUGUUUAUGAUACUCCAGAAGAUCAUCCAUAUUUAGGUGCUGAAGAGUUGGAAUUGAUAUUGAAGAAUAGAUCGGUCAGUUCAGGAGACUCGGUCAAAGUUCCAUGGGUCAAAAUGUUUACUUCUAUUCCCGUAUUUGCUUAUUUAAUUCCUGCAUUCACCUAUGGAUGGGUUGUUGGAGCCGUUUUACAGAUGUACAGAUCUCCUCGACAUACUUCUAAUGGAUUUGUCUGGAUUUGAAUGGAAAGUCUUCCAUGGUUAGUUGGUAUUGAAGCUCAAUUGAGUGGAAGUGCAAUGAAAGACAGAGUAGUAGCCAUAACAUUAUUAGGAAAA